AACCCCCUCACCCUGCUCACCCACCUCAACCUGAACUGCUGCAGUUACGUCAAUGACAGUUUUGUGUUGGAGGCGUGCAGGGCUCUCCCUCAGCUCGUCCACCUGGAUCUGGGCUCCUGUUUCCCCUGUCAGUGAUGUUGGCGUGAAUGGGAUAGCCAAGCACCUUCCUGCCCUUCGUUUUCUGAGAUUAGCCUGGUGUAAGAAGAUGACUGAUUACGGAUUGACGGGUCUCAUCGAGGAGGUGCCCCCAGAGCACCAUGAACAUGACGCCGAGGGGCAGUGCAAAUGUACCAGGAAGGCGAACGUUUCAAAUAUCUUCAACCCACCUAAGGACCCACACACACUGGAAAACGGCCUCCUCAAGCUUUCGGUUGAGCGCACUGCUGAUAAAUUGAGAUCUGGAACUGUUACUCCUCUUUCUAACCUCAAGGCUCUUCGAUCCCUGGACAUUAGCAACUGCCCUCAGGUGACAGACACAGGGUUGGUGACUGCCAUUAAAUUCCAAGAGUUGAAGUCUCUGAAUCUUAGCUUCUGUCCCGAUCUCACUGACGCCACGCUGAAGUCCGUUGCCAAACACAACCCGAGCCUGGAGUCCGUCUGUCUCAGUCGAUGCAACCAGAUAACUGAUGCAGGCAUCAUGGGAAUUGGUGCUCGCCUACAGCGUCUCUCCUCCCUGGAGAUUUCCGGCUGCGAUAAAUUAACAGAUAUUAGUCUUCAGGCCCUGGGAAAGAAUUGUCAUCGCCUCAAGACGCUGGAUGUGUCCUACUGUAGUGGCAUGACAGUCAGUGGUGUGAGCCAGUUGGAAGCCAGGCUCAAGACUUUGGUCUCUGUGAAGAAAGCGUGUGUAGGUGCUGUAGGAGAUACUACAAGGCUGUUUUUACGCCAUUGAAAUAGUUCAUCGUGAAUUUUAAAGUAAGAUUGAGGUAAUUCUAUUUCUUUUAACCAAUUCACACUAUUUUCAUUGAAUUGAUGAUGAAUUGGAGGAAUUGGUUCACUAAAUUUCAUAUUGAAUUUCUUAAGCCAAAUUAUAUUAUCUUAUUAUAAGCAUUUGAUAAAUGAACAAAAUGGUAGUUGGAUCAGAAAAAUUUUUGUUUUGUGUUUGAUAAUUUUUAUUUAUCAUUUGAGAAAUGUUUGUUAUGCCAGUAAAAGUUUGAA